UUUUAUUUGAUUUUGGUCCUUUUGGCCGACCAUAUGAUUUCACGUCACUCAUUUAUUUUGCUCAGCAGAUCAGAGACUAGACAGAGACAGAGUGCAGUUGAGACAAGGCCAAGGGAGGACCCGAUAACGAAAAAAAAAUGUCAAAUAAUACUGCGAACAGUUCAUCAGAUGUGAAAAGACCGAACAAGAUUAAGAAGUAUACUCCACCUGAUGAGAAUAGUGCAUCUGAUGAUCCUACUGCAGACUACAUGAAUCUCUUGGGCAUGGUGUUCAGUAUGUUUGGACUUAUGAUGAAGAUGAAAUGGUGUGCUUGGAUGGCAGUCUUCUGCUCCUUUAUCAGCUUCUCAAAUUCCAGAGUCAACGAGGAUGGAAAACAAAUGUUCAGUAGUUUUAUGUUAUCAAUUUCAGCUGUUGUGAUGUCGUACUUACAGAAUCCAGCACCGAUGACGUUACCAUGGCAAUAACACUACAAUUUUUAAAAGUUGUUUAGCUAAUAUGUAUGUCUAUAUUUAAACGAUUCACUCUACAUAUUAAGGUUUUACUAUUUUUGCAUUGUUCCUCAAUUAUUGUCAAUUGGGCUACAUAUGUCUCUUUUCUCUUAAACAUUUAAGUCAGUAAGGAAAUUAAUAAAUUGUAUUACCAGUGUGUGAAUUAUUGAUAUUUUUCUUCACAUAACCCGAGUCUCUUUGCAAAUGUCAUAGAAAAAGAUUAGUGCAAGAUCUUGAUUUCACUGAAAACACAUUUUGCUUUUGUUUUUUAAAUUUCUAAACUACUAUCAUCAGACUUAAUGUGGAAUUUGACAUCAUUUGGGUGUUUGCCCAAUAAUAGGUUACAUGUACGGUAGUUUGCAGGCACUGGCCCUGAUUGAAACUUUGACCAACAAGCAGGUCUUCACACAAGACUAGCACAUAUAAAACCUGCUGAGAGGGCCUUUAGUACAGAAGUCAUUGUGGGCUGCAUAUUCAGACCAUUGGACUGGAGUGAAGGGUUUGCACAGCAGACUAAUAAGUUACAUUAUAUGAUAUAAAGACAAUAAUUCAAUUCACAGUUAGCUCCUGAACAACUUUUCUCAAAUAACCUUUCCCAUGUCUUUCAUUAGGGUGAGCCAUAACACUUCUUAUGUUGUGUAAGGCCGGCAAAGCAUUCAAUUUCUAAGAAUGGAAGGCAUGGUAUAACUAGAUGACUACAAUAGUAUGCCAGUGAUCAAGUUUGCAAAUUGUCUGUUGUAUUGUCUUUUUUUUGGCACACUGACUAUUGUUUGGGCUAUUGUCAAAUACCAAUCAUGAUUAUGAACACUUUGUUACUCUUCAGCUUGGAUGUGAUGAAACAAAUACAUGUAUCAAAUCACAAAUGCUUACGAAAGUGAAUUUGAAAACCACCUUGAUGGUUUAUCUCCAAUAACCUUUUACUGCUCAAUGCUCAUGCACACUUACAACUGUGAAAAGGCUUGUGCUCUGUAUAUUCCAAUUGCCUCAUAUUUUACAGAAAUAUAUUUCUUCUUUGAUCCUUGAGGUCAGAGAAUAUUUCAGUGGGUUAACAAUUGUGCUCCAGAGGUUGAUUACCUUGCAGCUAUUUCCAGUGCUUUUCCUACACACUGGCAUUAGCAAUCAUUGAUAAUGAAAUCCUUAUUAUUUUUGAAAACCGUCAGAAAUAAUAAGUAGUGUCAAAAGAAACUGCUGAUACUACUACUUACUACUUCUACUUCUCCUUAUCCUCCCAAUGCUGUUGCUGUUAAUUCUCAUCCAAUUACUGGUACUAAGAUUAUUUAUAAUUGAAAUAGAGAGUGUAGCAUGUAAGUACUCCUGGACAGGGUGUUAAGUAUUAAUCUGGUAUAACUUACCAUCAUUAUAUUGUCAACUUUUGAUCAAGACAAAAGUAGUUUAUCACAGAUCACAGAGAUAUUUAUAAAUUUAUGUUUGUGACUGUAAUUGUUGAGUUGAAAGAUCAGAUGAAUAAAAUAUAUGUUUGCUUGUAUAUCAAAACUGACAAAAAUAUGUCAUUUGGAAUAGGGAUGUUUGCAGAUUCAAAUUUGUUAUAGCAGUUUCUGUUAUGUUCUGUGAUUUAUUACAUUUGGAACUUAAUUUUUUUCCGUAAAGAAGAGCUUUUAUGUCAUAAUUAUUAUUUAGGGAAUAACACCGAUACAUGUACUUCAGAAUAAAUUUCCUGUUCUUAUCAUGAAUGAUAAAAAUGAAAUUGAUACUCAGGAGUUAUAUAAUAUCUGAAAGGAAAACAUAGGACUUGUUAUCUGUUUGUAAUUCGUCAAUUGAGUUUAUUAUUGAUCACUGCAAUAAAAGUAAAUUUAUGAAAUUAA